UGGGGAUACCUAUUUCUCUGAUGGCUCUCUUCACCAUCUCCUGAGAAAAGGAGUUUCAAGGCUGAGAACAGUCGUGGGCGUCGUAGUUGCUAUUCGAACAGUACGAUUUGAAUCGGGGGAAGUCAACCGCACCGUCUUCGAGGACUGCUAUGAUUAUUAGAGGUAGACACACACACAUAUAUGCAUAUAUAUAUAUAUAUAUCAGUAACCGAAACAAGAAGAUAUAUAAGGAACAAGUUGUGUACGAGGAUUGAAGACUAUAGUGUUGUUGUUGCACUGUGCGAAUUUGCGAAACCUGCAGAUCUAUAUACAUAUAUAUACACACAUAGAAAUAGAACGACGUGGGUGUACACAAGAUAUUUACAUGUAUAACAUGGUACUCCUAUAUUUUAUACAGCAGUACUUAGUAUACUGUAAGUAGUAUCAGUUAUCACGUUCAUUACGUGUCACUAUACAAGGGAGUACAGGGUAAGGGUACAGUGGUACACACGCACACGCCGACCGACGAAGGGAAAGAGUGACGCGAGUGCCUUUUUUAAUUUUUGUUUCCAUCCCUCGUCAUCGUCUGUACCUAUUAUAUAUUUAUAUUUAUAUAUUGGCUGUAUAAGUAUAACAUACUAGUUACGUUGUGCAUAGCCACCCCAAAGUGCGAGCAUAAGUCAAUAAUAUACACUCAAAUAUAUUUUUUUUUACCUGAAAGAAAAGAAAAAAGAAAAAGAAAAAAAUUUUGUUCCUCGACUCAACAAGCUCGCACAUAGUUAUUACUCGAACUAGCUAAGCAACGCUCUUCAAUUGUCUGUCUCUCUCCAUCUCUCUUCCUCUCAAGAGGACGCAAUUUUGCCAUAAUAUUGAGUACUCUCCAUUACCAAGAAUUUUUUUUCCCCAUUUCUACUAGGAAGUGAAUUUUGCAAUAUACCUAUAAAUUUUGGCUCGGAUUUUGGACGGUCAGGGACUACGGGUGCCUUCUUGGCACUCUCUCUUUCUUUUCACACUCACGACCAGGCGACAGUGCCUCCUUCUUCGUCGCUACCCCGAGAGGUAGGUCCGACCGUCCGAACCGCCCGCAGCAGCAGCCGCCCACCACCCCUCUCACCACACACCUAUAGGUAUCAAUAUCAUGCCCGUUGUCACACACGACCACACGACACACGCGAUAAGGAUACUUACUACUAUAUAUACUACACCGUUCUUGCGCUAGUCGACUAUUUUUCCGGAAACCGGACCAAGUUCUUCUUUUGUUAUUCAAGUAUCCUUCUUGUCUUGUUUUAGUUUUCUUUUGAUUGACAUUCGAUCGACGGUAAACGGCUGUUCGAGUUCUCUCUUUGCUGCACCACUGUUCGGCUUUUUAUUUUCUCGCCAACGCGUCUUUCGAUAAUUUUUUUUAUAAAAUUGGUAUGUAUGUGUUAUAGUGUAUAGGCUCCAAGUUUCGGUAGCUUUUCAAGGUGCUAUGAACUCUACAUCUCUUUUUUACUGAGAGGAAGACAAAAAAAAAAACGGUGGAGCAGAAUCGAGUCUGUUUUACAAGACUUGACUUUUCUCAGAGCUGUGCGCACAGCUGAGUAGACGUGGACGUGAAAUAACCAUGGCAUCUUCAGCUGCCACAUCUUUGUCAGUUCCUAAUGGGACAAGCUCCGCAACCUCGGUCAAUAACUCGCAUAGCGGAUCAGUUAAGAGCGAUGAAAUCGACGGAUCCGAAAGCUACGGGGAAAAAAGUGCAAGCUUUGGUUCAAGAAAUCAAGUGGACUCCCUGGAGGAGAUGAGUUACAGCGGUGGUGACUCUGCUGAUGAUAAUCACUGCGGCAUCUGUUGCAAGAAGCUGACCUCACCACGUGUUCUAUCUUGCUUGCAUGUAUUUUGCGAAAAUUGUCUUGACGAACACUGCAAUGCCAAGGAUAGAGAACUGAAAUUAAGCAUGGUCAUUGCCUGUCCCAUGUGCCAGCAGGAAACACGUGUUGGCACCAAGGGAGCAGCGUCCCUACCUUGCGACUACGUUCUCACAAAUAUUCUGGACAUGUCUGCCAUCAAAAAUACAUCUGUACUUUGUACAUCAUGCAAGGCUAUGGAAAAUGCAGUGGCUCGUUGCUCCGAUUGUGCCAACUUUCUAUGUCCAAAUUGUAACACUGCACAUCAGUUUAUGCGCUGCUUUGAGAAUCACAAGGUCAUUGGAUUUGAUGACUUGAGAAGAUCUGAAGAAGCAACUCCUAUUCACAAACCCAUUUUUUGUGAAUCUCAUCCAUCGGAGAAUAUGAAGUUUUAUUGUUACACAUGCCAGGUUCCGAUUUGUAAUGAGUGCUUACUCAUUGAGCACAAGGCACCUGAACAUCAAUAUGAACGUAUAAAAGAUGCAGAACCACGUCAAAAGGAAGAAUUAGUUAAUUUAGUAAAUGAAAGUAAAGCUAGAAUAGGUGAUUGUGAUCAUAUAUCUUCUCAGCUUGAAAAUGCUCUGAGUGAGUUGCAAGCUCAACGUGACCAAGCCAAAGAUUUGAUUCUGGAAACUUUCCAAAGCUACAAAGCGAUUCUUGAAAAAUACAGAGAUAAAGCUCUUGAUGAUCUAGAAAAAGUACAUUCUGAGAGAGAACUGGAGAUAAUGGACUCAUUUCAUAGCAUUGAAAAAACUGUUGAAAAAAUUGAGUGUGCAUGUCAAUUUACUAAUCGUCUUCUUGAACAUGGAGAUGCAAUAGAGGUUUUAUCUCUUCAUAGAAUAGUAACUAAUCAGCUCUCCGAUUUAUUGAAAACCAUGCCAAAACCAAACAUGUCGUCAUCUAUAGAAUUCCAGACAGAUUACAAUAAUUUUGAGAAAAAAAUUGGGGAGGCGUAUGGAAAAGUCUGUGCUGGAAAUCAUCCACCGCUUGUACAAUCACCAAUGGGAAACGUUGAUAGUCUACCUGGACUUACCAGUCAGCCAGUAAAUCAGGCACCUAUGAAUUGUUCAAAUUCACUGAGUGCGAGCUCACCUAUUUCACUCCCAACGUCAAUGCAAUCUUCGUUUGAAGGUGAUCCAACUUACUCUGUGAUUCCCCCUGUGUCGAGUCCAAAUAUUCCUCCUCCCCCACCGUCUAUUCCAGUCUCCAUUCCUUCAGGUCCCAUGCAUGGUCUUACCAGCAUUCAAGAGUACAAUCUUCAGCAAUUGGCAAGCCUUGCUGAAAAAGUCGAUAUUUCGGGUGACACGGGAGUCGUAGGACCAAGCGCUAAUCCCAGCCCAACUCCGUCCUUUACUCUUGCUGAUCUUUUUGCUGGUGACCUUAGCUCAACUAGUCAUGCUAUUAAUAAUCUGCAAGCCUUAGCAAAACUUGGAAAUUCCUUGGGUAAUCAAGAUUUAAAUUCAUCCUCAAUCAAUGGAAGCAAUCUAGUGUUGGGACGAGGACCUUCACCAGUUGUAGGAGAUACCCCAAAUUUAGCGUCUUUGACUGGAAAUGCGCUUUUGAAUGGCUUUCAAUCUAUUUCUUCUUCUACGUCACCUAUAUUGUCACAAGGAGCUGAUGACGGUAAUGGAGACUCCAUGCACAACAUGCCUGUUGUAAUGGGCAAUACUAGUAAUGCCAAUUCAAAUACAAGUAACUUCAGCAAUCACUCGCGAUCUGUAAACCCUAAGCUAACUCCCAUGCAAAUUCGUUGCAAAUUUGGUCAAUUGGGACCUAGCAAGGGACAAUUCAACUCUCCUCAUGGGUUCUGUUUAGGAACCGAUGAAGACAUUAUUGUGGCUGAUACUAAUAAUCAUCGCAUACAGGUAUUUGAAAAGACUGGCAUUUUCAAGUUCCAAUUUGGUAUACCUGGAAAAGAAGAAGGCCAAUUGUGGUACCCACGCAAAGUCGCUGUUAUGAGAAACAGUGGGAAAUUUGUUGUUUGUGAUAGGGGAAAUGAACGAUCUAGGAUGCAAAUUUUUACCAAGAAUGGACAUUUCAUUAAAAAGAUAGCAAUCAGAUACAUUGACAUUGUAGCAGGUCUAGCUGUUACAGGUCAUGGACAUAUUGUUGCUGUGGAUAGUGUUUCCCCAACUGUUUUUGUUAUCAGUGAUACAGGAGACCUUCUUAGAUGGUUUGACUGCAGUGAUUACAUGAGGGAACCCAGCGAUAUUGCUAUUAGUGGAAAAGAAUAUUUCGUGUGUGACUUUAAAGGGCACUGUGUAGUGGUAUUCAACGAAGACGGUCAAUUCCUGCGUCGCAUUGGCUGUGAAAAUAUAACGAAUUUUCCUAAUGGAAUUGACAUUAGUGAUGCAGGAGAUGUUUUAAUUGGAGACUCGCAUGGAAAUAGAUUUCACGUGGCAGUCUUUUCACGGGAUGGCUCUUUAAUUUCUGAAUUUGAAUGUCCAUACGUUAAGGUGUCUCGAUGUUGUGGAUUGAAAAUUACUUCUGAAGGAUACGUCGUAACACUUGCAAAAAAUAAUCAUCACGUUCUCGUGCUGAACACCCUAUACAUAGUCUGAGGUGAGAGUAGAAGUUACUUUGUGUCUCAGCUUUUUUACAAAAGCGAGAAUCCUUUCAGUACUGUAUUAUUUUCAACAAACGUCAAAUAUGGUUGCCCAGAUCAUACUUUAUUAAUAUACAUCCGGGCCUACUGAAGCAAUAGUAAGAAUUUAUUCACUAUUCAGCUUUAAUAAUUGUACAAGUAUUACGAGUGUUCUUGAUUUAUGAAAGUAAUAGGCAAAAAAAAAUGCGUUGAAGUAAGGAUCAAGCGUAGAUGAGUAAAAACCAAAAGUAGUUUGUCAAAAAAAUUGUAUCCAUAACAGAGCGCAUCUUUAAGUUGGCUACCUGCCAUUUUAUUGAGGUUUUUUUAGAAUAUCAUUCAAGAUAAAAAUACUGCUUGCGCGAUUGUACUGCUCGGUUGUCGAUCGAUGAGUAUUCUGUAUGAGCUGUUUUUACGCAUCACAUUCCACGCAUCAGUAUUUUAAGAACGUUUGUAAAAUCAAAUUUUAUCUAGUCUUGGACCAGCAACUUUGCUUUCGCAUCGAAUUUUUUAUCCCAAGUAAGGUUCAUUAACGCUGCCAUUAUGAUACCCAAAGUAUAUUUAUAAAAAAAAAAAAAAA